GAGUGAUAGGGAGUUGUUAAAUCCUCUGAGCACUCAGAGGAAUGUCUUGAGAGACCAACAAUGGGAAGAAGUUCAGUGGUUAUUGAUUUUAUAAUUAUAGUUUCAUGUGGAUUACUGUGUUGUGCUGAACAAUUGAACUUAUGGGAACAAUCUUUAGACCAAGGCUCGAGUCAAAAUGCUGUCUUCAGACAGCCAAUGCCAGCGCAAGGGCCUGAUCAAAGUGCGUUAGGCUUCGCACCCAACAUGUUUCAAAACCUUAUUGAAUCCAGGGGACCUGCACCUGUAGCUCCUUGGAGACCUGCCCCAGCAUUGGGGCAAGAGCUACCAAUGCAAGCACAAUCCCAGAGAACCAACUACGCACCUGUUCCCCUUCAACCUAGCCAGCCUUUGCGAAGCCAAGUGAAUUUUGGACUAAUAAAACCUGAGCAAACGGUUGAGACGUUCUCACAAACCCAACAGGGAUUCCAGAAGCCCAUUCCAGGUCCUGAUCUCUAUCCUGACCUCAAGGAUGAGUUGGUUAUGGGGCCAGAGUUUGUACCCAAGGUGCCAGAGCCAGCAAACACCGUGGAGGUUCAUUGUGAUGAGGUCUCUGUCAAUGUGCAGGUGAAGCAAGAUUUCUUGGGAAACAAUCAGUUCAUCAACCCCUCUGAUCUGACGCUGGGUGGUUGUCCAUCUGUUGGAUUUGAUGACCAUGCCAGGAUUGUUGCUUUUCAAUCAGAGCUACAAGGAUGUGGAAGCACACUAACGAUGACUGAAGAUUCACUUGUUUAUUCCUUUGUUUUGGUGUAUUCACCUUCACCUCUUCCUAACACGCCUAUUGUGAAGACAAAUGAAGCUAUGGUUGCAAUUCAUUGCAUCUACCCAAGGAAACACAAUGUGAGUAGUAAUGCAUUGCAUCCCAACUGGAUUCCCUAUGCUGCAGCGAGAGCUGGCGAAGAAUAUUUACACUUUUCCCUUAAGCUCAUGACUGAUGACUGGAGGUAUGAGCGACCCUCUAACGCCUACUUUCUGGGAGAUUUCAUAAACCUGGAAGCCUCAGUGGUCCGUGCUAAUCACGUUCCCCUGCGGGUGUUUGUGGAAAGCUGCGCAGCUACUUUGGGCCCCAGCGGGGAAACCACCACCGUCUACACGUUCAUCGAGAACAGCGGAUGCAUGGUGGAUGCCAAGCUGACAAAUUCCAGAUCCAAGUUCAUGCCCAGGAUGCAGGAUGACAAGUUACAAUUUCAGAUAGAGGCAUUCAGAUUUAACCAAGAUUCCCGUGGAUUGAUCUACAUCACUUGUCAUUUAAAGGCUACUACAACAUCCAGUCCCAUUGAUAUUAUGAACAAGGCCUGCUCAUUUGUUAAAGAAACAAACAGCUGGACUGCUGCAAACGGAGACAAUCAGGUGUGUGGCUGUUGUGAGACCAGCUGUUCCAUGAGAAAGGGCAGAAGUCUGGAUUCUGAUGAUUCCAUGUUGGAAGAUGAGGCUACUAUUGGGCCGAUUAUUGUCCAGGAGCCACAACCAAUGGAGGAAGAGCCUUUACUGCAAAUUGAAGAGUCUUCUCAGGUGUCAUCGAAAGAUGCAGAGUACUCCAUCGAGUUGGUGCUCAUGACUGCUUUGGUGGUCACCGUUGUAAUCUUGUGUGUCAUUAUCCUUGGAACGUUGUUUUACCAAAGACGUCAGAAACUGCCUGUGCUGACUUGUGAAUGAGAAUAAAAGCUGUUUUGUCUAA